AUGUCGACGCCCGGCAAUUCCUCGCCAAAGACCGGCUCGUCUGAAAAGGCGGCCGCCGCGCAGGAAGUCGAACAUGCUCACGGCGUCAGAGUUGAGCAUGCAGACGGGACCGUCGACUAUAUCGACGAGAAGGCCAUUGGCGGUGACAGUAACGCCAUGCCCGAUGGCUAUUUCAGGAGCGCACCCUUCAUCCUGACCGUCGUCUCCAUCUGCAUGGGAAACAUCUGUGCCUAUACCGGCUGGGUUCUACCCGCUAACACUCUACUGCUCAUCAAUGCAUCGCUAGGCGGAUCGCCCAACAUCUCGUGGGUUGCAACUGCAUGGACCCUGGGAAGCAGCAUUGGCUUCCUCCUGGUCGGGCGUCUCUCGGACAUCUUUGGCCGUCGGUAUAUUGUGCUGGGUGGCAAUCUGAUGGGUCUUGUCGGCUGCAUCAUUGGCGCCACUGCCCAGACUGUCGAGACUCUCAUCGCCGCCAGUGUCUUUAACGGCCUUGCCGCCGCUCAGCAACUGUCGUUCGGCAUCUUUCUGGGCGAGCUCGUCCCCAACAGGCUCAGAGGCCCCAUGAUCGCCUUCGUCUUCUUCUCCGCUGCGCCUUUCGCCGUUUUUGGCCCUUCGAUCGCCCGCGCGUUCAUCACAAACACGGCCGCCGGCUGGCGCUGGAGCUUUUACAUGAGUAUCAUCUUCGCCGUUGUCGGCUUGACUCUGGCCUUCUUCUUCUAUCACCCUCCGACCUAUGCCCAGCUUCACGUUGGCGGCAAAUCGAAGCGUCAGCAAGUCAAGGAGCUCGAUUACAUCGGCAUCGUCCUCUUCGUUGGAGGCUGUGUCCUCUUCUUGAUUGGUCUUUCCUGGGGUGGUGUCGCCUACCCAUGGGUGAGCGGCCACGUGCUCGGCACCCUGCUCUCGGGUAUCGUCGCUCUGAUCAUUUUCGCAGUCUAUGAGACAUACUUUUGCAAGGCCUCCCCUCUCAUGCCUCCCCGGCUCUUCAAGAACGUUGGUUUCGUCGCCAUUUGCGUCGUGGCGUCGAUUGCCGCCAUGGUCUACUACGCUCUCACUAUCCUAUGGCCUGUGAUCAUCAUGACCCUAUACACCACGGAUUCCACCCAGGUUGGGCUUCAAUCUGCUGUUGUCGGUGGCGGUAUCCUCCUCGGCCAGCUUCUCGGAGGUAUCGGCAUCUCGUACAUCCCCAAGGUCAAGUGGCAGGCCAUCAUCUCCGCCGUCAUCGGCUUCGUGUUCGUCACGUCACUCAUCUCGGUCGACCCCAGCCGCUGGGCUGCGACCAUUGGCCUCGCCCUGAUCGCCCUGAUCGCCAUCGGCUAUAACGACGACAUCACCUUCCCUGGUGUUACCUUGGUCGUCGAGCCACAGGAUAUCGGUCUGGCCACCGGUGUCAUGGGGUCUAUCCGCGGCUUGGCUGGUGCUGUUGCCCAGGCUCUCUACGUUUCCGUCCAGUCCAACAAGCUUGAGCAGUACAUGGCCGACUACGUCACCUCUGCCGCAACCAGCAACGGUCUACCUCAGUCGUCCCUGACAACCCUCUUCAAGGCCAUCGCCGCGGGAGACUUCUCCGCCGUCCCCGGCAUGACUCCCAGCAUUGCCGCCGCGGUCGGCCAGGCCGUGCAGUUAGCCUACCGGGACUCGUUCAAGAUGGUCUUUUACGCCACCAUCCCGUUCUCGAUCAUCAUGAUCAUCGGCUCUGCAUUCAUCCCCAACAUGGAGAAGAAGCUGCACAUGAAUGUCGCAAAGAAGCUCCAGAACGCGAGCGACGAUAGUGCCGCAACCAGAAACAAGGCGGUGACGCAGGAUGUCUGA